AUGGCCGUUCCUCAGAGGACACUGAACUGGCUCUACAGUGUCUUGACCAAGGAUCACUAUGAUCCACAACAGACAUACCACGACCCAAAUAGAGCCUACCACGAUGUUGCCAACGCGCUCUCUCAAUACCCCUCGCUCUCCCCUCGGACAGAUGUAUACACCUAUGAAACAGGUUUCUCGGCCCUCCUCCUCCACCUUGUGGGCACGUUGCCUGUUAACUUCCGAGGGACAACAUACCGAUUUCCCAUUGCGCUUUGGAUCCCCAAUACAUACCCACGCGAGCCACCAAUCGCCUAUGUGACCCCGACGCAAGAGAUGACAGUUCGAGUUGGACAACAUGUGACAUUAGAGGGACAGGUGUACCAUCAUUAUCUGGCGCAUUGGGCUGAAGCGUGGGAUAGAUCUACAAUUGCCGACCUUCUCUCUAUCCUUCAGGAUGUCUUUGCAAAGGAGCCACCUGUUCGGUACAGGCAACAAAUGCCACAAUCCCAGUCUCGGCCGGAACAUGCCCAUGCCCUAACUCCGCCGCCAUUGCCUCCUCUUCCACCCGGUGUUGGCUCUUCGCAGACUCAGAUCCCUCUUCAAUCUACAAGUCAGCUCCCGCCUCCACCUCCGCCGAAGCCAGGUACGAGCGAGAAUCGACCGCAGUCAACUGUGGCUGAUCAACAUCGGUCUCCCCAACGGCCUCCGCUCCCACCCAAAGAGCAAGGCCUCCGCCAUGCAUCCAUACCCAAUUCACCACUUUCAGCCCAGAACACCCACGCGCCGCAGUAUUAUGCACCCUUGGGUCAUAUUGGAGGCCCGAUAAGCAGCCCACUCUCCCAACCACCCCAGAGCCAGUCAACAUCACCCCAGGGCCAGUCAUAUUAUAGAAAUGGAGCAGCGAUCCCUCCACAGCCGCAAUUCCCCGGUCAACAGCAACCAUCGGCUCAACCCCAGCCCGCUCAAAACCAGUCUCAACAGCCGCUCCCCAAUCCUCCAUACCCCCAGCAUUCACCCUACCCAUCCAACUACUCACGUCCACCCCCAGCACAAGCACCAGCCCCCAAGACUGAGACCCCCAAGACUGAGACUCCUGAUCUGCUCACAUCUCCAUUUGAAGUCGAGUUACCCUCAAUUUCAGGCCCAGCCCCUCCAAUCCCUCCCAAUCCAGAGAAGGACACACUUUUGCGAGCAGUCUCGCACUCUCUAGCGGAAUCCCUCCGAGUCAACGCCGCCCAGUCAGACAUAGCAGUUCAAUCCCUCGUCUCGCAAUCUAGAUCUCUUCACUCCGCCUUAGCAACCCUCCAGGGCGAAGUCUCCGCCCUCAAUUCCCUCCAUGCUACUCUUCAAUCCAACACCGCUGUUCUUCAGCAGUCGAUACAUCGUGCCGAUGCUACUAUCGCCGAUGCCCCUCCUGAUUUGCCGCCAAUUGACGAUGUUCUUGUGGCACCGACAAUUGUGGGUAAACAGUUGUAUGAUCUUGUUGCUGAAGAGCAGGGAAUCCAGCAGGCUCUUUACGCUUUGCAGGCUGCUUUGGUGAAGGGCAUCAUUGGCGUUGAUUCUUGGUCCAAGCAUACGCGCAGUCUUGCUCGUGAGGCGCUGCUUAAGAGGGCUUUAAUUCGCAAGAUUGGGCGUGGGAUGGGAUUGGAGGAGAAUUAG